UGGUGUCACAAGCAAAGACAUUCAGAACCUAGCUCUACUUCUUCAGUAUUUAUUUAUUUUAAUAAAAAAAAGUUAUCCAAUUUCAUUGCUUCUAUUGAUGGACUCUUUGUUUCUUGAUAUUGGUUAAAAUUCUAGUUUAAUUUAGUGGCGGGAAUUCGGCAUUCUUUUAUUUGCUAAGUCUGCUCAUAUUUUCUUAAUUUUUUCUUCAUAUUUGUAUGUUAGAUCACUGCAUUUGAGAAAUGGACAUUAGCAAGGUCUUGUUUUUCUUUGUUUCUCUUUAUGAAAAUAGUGAAGAAUCAGAGGGUAUGUGGCUUCAGGAAUAAGGUCAAUAAAGCUGAAUUCCUGCCCUGGAGGAGGUAUAGUUGGUUUGUUUAUUAUCUCUAGGAAAUUUAAGAGUAAGCAUGGAGCCGUUAUGUGAGUUUUGUGGGGUGGUGAGAGCAGUAGUUUAUUGCAAAUCAGACUCGGCAAGGCUGUGCUUACACUGUGACGGAUUUGUACAUGCUGCCAAUUCCUUAUCGCGGAGGCAUCCUCGUUCACUUCUCUGCGACAAGUGCAAUUCGCAGCCUGCAAUUCUGCGAUGCUUAGAUGAGAGGCUGUCUGUUUGUCAAAUCUGUGAUUGGAAUGCGAAUGCUAAUGGAUGUUCAAACUUAGGGCAUCAGCACCAGCCGUUAACUUGUUAUACAGGGCGACCUUCUUUGGCUGAGUUUUCAAGAAUUUGGUCAUCUGUUCUUGAGGCACCAUCUUCUACUAAUGGCUAUGAUCCUGGAGGAAUGGGACCGCUCGGUUGUUUGCCAGGAAAUGAGAAUUCUAUUACUGGAUGUUUGGAGCAAAGGGAUAAUGAGAGCUCUUUCGGUUUGGUGACCGGCAAUAAGUUGAGUGAAAUAGAAUCCUGUUCUAAGUUUGAACCUUGGAUAGGGCAGCAGCAGCCUACUAUUGUCACCCCAGAUCAAAAUUGCAUCUCCUUUUGUAGAGAUCAAUUGCCUGUUUUGCCUGAUGAAUCAAACAUGCCAAAGGGAUGCUCCAACUUUAAGGAUCUUGGUGAAGAUCUUUGUGAAGGCCUAAACAUCGAUGACGUUGCAUUGAACUUCGAGAAUAAUGACGAAAUUUUUGGGUGUUCGUCGCAGAGUCACAACAGAUAUCAGCAGCUAGGUGAUGUAGGAAAGGAUUGCAUUUUAAUGGAGAAGAAUUUAUCCGUUACUGAGUCUAAUGGCCCUAUUGAGAAUGCUAUAGAGGUAUCAUCAGGACACCAGGAAUGCAUCACUUUCCAGUCCCCUCAAGUUGCAGGACCAGCUAGUGUGAUGCAACCAAUUAAUGGUGGCAGCAAUUGCUCAUACAUGAACCCCAGCUGCAGCAGAAGCAUCAAUCUUGGAUAUCCUGUUCCUCCUGUACAAGUUCAUUCAAGCAUAUCUCUUUCACUGUCCAACAUCACUGGCGAGAGUAGUGCAGCUGAUUAUCAGGAUUGUGGGUUAUCACCAAUGUUUCUGGCAAGCGAAACGCGAUGGGAUUUAGGUAUGGAUACUAGCUGCCCACAAGCAAGGGACAAAGCUAAAAUGAGAUACAAUGAAAAGAAGAAGACUCGAACGUUUAGUAAGCAAAUAAGAUAUGCAUCUCGUAAAGCCAGAGCUGAUACUAGAAAACGUGUGAAAGGUAGAUUCGUAAAGGCUGGUGAAAACUAUGAUUAUGACCCCCUUCAACAUGAGAAGAGCACUUUCUGAGCUAAAAUUUACCAAAUACUUUUGCCCCUUACCUUAGAAGACAAAUGUUAUAAGUCCUUUCUUUGCAGGUUUGAAGGUUCUUUCUUGAUUUUUAAGGGGCUCUUGAGAAUAAUGGAUUUUGACCUUGGCCCUUCUAUACGUCUCCCUCUUCCUUGAGUAUCCUCCACAUUUCAAGUCUCUCCAAUAAGGAUAUUCAUUCUGGAGAUAUAAAUGAUGAAGAGCCUCCAAGUUUAUAGUAAUAAGUAUCUUAUUCUUCAGUUCGUGUUCCUUGGCUUCUUCUUCUCCCUCUUUUGCUUCUGCCACUUCCUUACCAUAAAGUUAUGAUUCUCAGUUCAACUUUGCCUACAGCAGGUGCAAUGUGCACCGAUUUUUAAUGUAAUAAUCUUGAUCGUACCUAAAUCUUUGCACUGAAAUAAUAUGCAACUGAGGCUUACUCUUACCAUAGAUAUAAAUCUCAAAUUGAAUAAAAUUUCAAGUUUGAAUA